AUGAUUGAAAAACAAAUCAUUCGAGAUGUCAGAGAUGUGAUUACUGUUAAUCGAAAUCAAAUCAAUGAAGAAACAAAUGAUAAAUUCCAAGAAUUUAUUCGUUUAAAUCAAAGUCAGUUUCAAUCCAUUGAGCAAUUGUUAUCAAACAAUCAAUCAAUUCUAUUUUUUCAUAAUAUGAAAUUUAGUACAGAAAAUGUUCAAUAUUUAAAAGGACCUCUCGAUAAACAAUAUCAAAUAUCAGAAGAACAAAAUUUUAUUCUACUAAGUAAAAUUGCAAAAAUUAAUAUUGAUCAACGACGAGUAUCAAUAGAAAAAUUUCAAUCAAUUUCACCAAAUGAUUUCAUGCAAAUCAAAGGUUUAAAUCGAAUGGAAUCGAAUGAAAUCUACAAUCAACUUGUUCAACAAAAUCUGAUCGAUCAACAAACAGGAAAACUUCUUAGAAAUAAUUUACAAACAAUACAAUUUUCGAAAUAUGAAAUUUAUAAUCAACGUAUAAUAGCAAUUCUUAAAUAUCAAUGUUUAUAUCAAAGCCAAAUUCUUGAUCUAUUAAAUCAAAUUGAUUCUCAAGAAAAUUCUAUGAAUAAUUUAACAUUAUCAUAUGAUUUACAUAAAAAUCUUUUAUAUGAUUUAGAAACAGCAUUCAUUAUCAAACCAGUUUAUUAUAAUGCUAGUUGCAUUGAUGUUUCGUUAUCUGACAGUAUUUUAACAAAAGAUUAUUCAGAAAAAUUAGAAAAAAUAAUUAAACAAAUAUGUCAUAUUGAUAAAAAGAUUGCAAAAAGUGUUGCCAAAUCAUUGGAAAAUACAAUUGGAAAAUUACAUUAUUUAUCCAAAGAAAAUUUUCAUUUAAAUAAUUUCAAAGAAAAUUUCAAUAGCAAUGAACAAUUUGAAUAUAUUCAAGAAUUCGAUAUAUUUCGAAUCAAUGGUUUAGAUCAUCUUAGGAAUAUUGAAGAGAAAAAAUGGACUUGGAAUAUGUGGUUAAGUAGUGGAACUAUGCUUCUAUUUGGUUGUCUUGAAAUAAUCGGAGGCGUUUAUGUUGAAGUGUAUACAGCUGGUUUAGGUACACAUAUAGCAGCUGGUGUAAUAUCUGAAGGUUUGAAUGAUAUAAUUUAUGCAAGUUUAGCUAUGAAAAAUGGUUAUUUCAAUUGGAAUGAUUAUUUCGUAAAUAAAAUACGAAGUGUAUCAAUUACAGUUGCAACAUUAGGUGUAUCAGCAGUUAUUUCGCAUGGUAUUCGAUAUUCUCGUUUUGGAUCGAAAAUUUUCGGUAAUAAUCAAUAUUUAUCUCGACUUAAUGGAAAGAGUUUAUUAAAACAAGUCGGUCAGAAUAGUAUGAAAAAUGUGACAAUUAACAUUCAUAAACAAGUUUGGUGUCGUGUUGGAAAAAAAUUAGUUGAAGGUUUAGCAUUUGGAGCAACCAAUGCGGGAAUAUCGUAUCUCUCAGAGAAAAUUUUAAAACAUCAUUGUGGUCGAAUUGUUGAUGAAUUAUUUAUUAACAUAAGACAAUCAAUCGAAGAGAAAAAACAAGAUAUUCAUCAAUUUAUCCAACAAAUUGCUCGAAUGCAUGGAUUAGAUUUGACACGAAAAUUCUUAGAAGAUAUUAGUCAAUCACAUAAUGCCAAGCUACGGUAUCAAAAAGCAUUGGAAUAUUUCAAAACUAUUGCUCGAAUUGUAUCCAAUGAGAUUAGUAAUGCUUUGAAGAAAAAUAAUUAUGCUAAUCCGUCGAAUAAUUCAACAAAAAUAUUUACAUUAUUGACAAGUAUACUUGCUCCGAUUAUGAAACUUGCUCCAUACAUUAAAACUAUGAUUGAGAUUGAUCGUACAACAACAAAAUUUCUUGAUGAUAAAAUUGAAAUCUUAAAAGACAGAGCUAGUGAAUGUCAAAACGAACGAGUGGAUAUCAAUGAAGAUCAUUUGAAUAAUCACCCUCACCCUCAAGCUGCAUGA